AUGGAGGACAAUCGGAAGUUCAGCAGCCAAGGCCUGGUGGCCAAAGCCCCAGCUCAGCGAGUCCACUGGGAAAGUCGGAGGCCCAACGCCUGUGAGGCGGAAUGUGGGCGGAAACCGAAGCACCUGGAAGAAUCACAUGCGGUCACGGGGAGAGGACUGGGGCGAGAGUUGGAGGAGUCCAAGAAGAAGCAGUCGUCUCAAUUACAGGAAGCUGAAGAGGCUGCAGAAGCAGUCCAGGCCAAAUGCUUCAGUUUGGAGAAAAUCACACAGCAGCUACCGAUUGAGGAUCUUAUGUUAACUGGUGAGAAAGUUCUCUCGCUAGCAGCUUGUUUGGGUUAUAUUACUGAUAAUAGAGCAAAUGAACCAAUUGAGAUAGAUGUUAUUCUUUCUUGUGUGUCUGUAAGCUAUUGUGAUGCGCAGGUUUUUGGGCAGAAGGCGCGAUGGGGAGAGAGAGAGCGGACGCGGUGCACCUGUGAACUGGCGAACGGGGUCAGACCCCGAGGUCCAGGGUCUUCGGCGAGGAGAGGAGACCAAGACAGACUUGUUUGGAGUGUCUGGUCGACCACCGUGGUUGGUCCCAGACGGCGGGUCGAGGUGGUCAGAGGGGAUCGAAUGGGGGAGAGAGGAUCGUUACUAGAGCUCCAACUGUUUGUGCACCAAGAGAUUGAACUUUGUGACCAGGGAGAUUGAAACAUCGAGGCAAAAGUGGAAAAUGGGCGCCAGCUGUCCGCCUUUUGAUCGUUGGUGGGAUCACUCUGCUACUGGAGAGGGGAGACUGCCUUUUGAUCACUGGUGGGAUCACUCUGCUAUUCGAGAGGGGAAAUUCCCUUUUGAUCACUGGUGGGAUCACUCUGCUACUGGAGAGGAGAGACUGCCUUUUGAUCACUGGUGGGACCGCUCUGCCUGGAGAAAGUUACCCAGGUUUUCAACGUUUUAGUUACGGACUUGGACUAUAGACUUUUUUCAGUCUUAGAGUUUUUUUAUGUUCUGUGUUUCUCGCCCAACCUAUUUUUUUGUCUGUGGGGGAGGGGGAUUUGGGGGUCGAUGUGCCUAUUCUGUUUUUGUUUGUUUUUUUCUGUCGGGAGAAAGGAUUUGGGGGGAUGUUUAUUGUACUGCCAUUUUUUUUUCUUUAGAGGUUUUGUGGCUAUCUGGAGAAGAAGAAUUUCAGAGUUGUAUACUUUGAUAAUAAAUGAGCAUUUGAACCUUUGACCUGCUGAGUUCCUCCAGCAUGUUGCGUGUGUUGCUUUGUAUUUCCAGCAUCAGCACACUUCCUCAUGUUUAUGGCUUGCUUUGUUGUGAUCUGUGUUUCACUGCUGAUCAUUGUGGGCAUGAUACGUUGGCGCCGGAAUCUGCAGGGACACUUGUGGGCUGACCCCAGCACAUCCUUAGAUUGUGUUGGUUGUUAAA